UUCCUCAUUCUGUGAAUCAGGAACAAAAGAGCUUUGUAAUCUAAGUUAAAUGAUCAUGGAUAUGCUAUCUAUCUUCAUGGUGAUGACUCUCGUAGGAAAAUGUCAAGGUCGGUAACUAUUUUUAUCAACAGUUUAAGACUUGAAUAAUAGGGUUUGUGAGUGUACAAUCGAGGAGCUUGAUUCUAACUUUGGAAACCUUUUUCUCUCUCAAAGGGAACACUUAUCUAAAUUAUCAAGAGAAAGAGGAAGCUAUAUCCCUACAAUGCAAAGAGAGAAUUUGGCAACUUGAAGACAACAUAGUGGAUUGCACUUUUAAUUGCAGUCUUUGUGACAAUGACAAGAAAUGUGACCGAGAUUUGAUGUGCAAUAUUACAGCAUUUGAACUAGAAAAAAACCCCUGCAAAAACAGUAUCAAACAAUGUUUAAAUAUGAAAUUGGAGAAACACGUCACUGGAUUCUUUGCAUGUUUUCAUACCAUUCCAUCAAAUGACCAAUACUUAUUCCCCUUUAAACCUUCAAAAUAUCAGGUGGAAUCAUUUAUUGUGGCAUUUGUUGAACCAGAGAGUAAGUUCACAUUUCCUAACUUUCACAAUUUGUAAAUGAUAUACCACUCACAUUACAGUAUACUGUACAAUAUAUUGUAUAUAGACAUAUAUCUGUUUAUGAAAAUAUUUAACAUCAAAUUAUGUUCUGUUUCUGUAGUGGUGAUAUGCUACCCUGGUGUGGAAACUAAAACGUCUGUUACCAAACAUCAUGGAGAAUCAGUCAACCUUGCAUGUAAUUUCACAGUAGCCAAAGAUUACUCUAGCUUUCCAUUUUCAGUGUAUUGGAUCAAAACCAUCAGUGGCAACAGUAGCACAUGUYUUUAUUCUUAUUCUUAUGAUAGUCAUGKAGAAUUAUAUGACCACCAUUGUCUCAUUGAUGAGGCCCUGCUGAAACGAAGGUCAAAUACUUCAUCUAUUCCCCUAACAAACCCUAUCUUUCAUAACCUUAAGAUCAGCAAUGCCACAUAUUCAGACAGCGGACAGUAUGUUUGUGCCUUACAGGUGCUUAAGAAUAGAAAAGGGCACUGGAAGGUAAUAACUAAUGUCACAGUCACUGUGAAUGGAGAAUUCAACAACCACACCAACAGGAAUGACACAGCCCCGUUAUAUACUCCUGGUGAGUCACAGUAUAUUGUUGUUACUAAUACAUAAAAUGAUCAUGAAUAAUACCUAAUUGAUCUUCAUUCUGAAUGCUUUGUGUUUUAUUAAAAGGGGAUCCUUACAUACCACUGUAUGUAGUGGGAGCCUUGUUAUUCUCCUGCCUGUUUGUUACUGCCAUUGUCAUUGUCAUGAUGAAAAAUACCAAGAUUUCGCAAGCAGAAUCUCACACUCUGAGAAUUAAAAGAGAACAAGAUGGAGAGGAGACACUUAACUCAGACUGCUYCCCAUAUGCUGAGGGCAGAGGAGAGGAUGAGGGGCUCUUCUCACUUCUGAAGCUGACUGAAGUGAGAGAUCCUGUGACUGCACAGAACGGAGCUGAAGAACAUGCUGCUGUUGCUGUUGAUCCCUAUUCUGUAGUCAUGUACAAGGCCUUUGACCCCCAGGCCACUCAGACAUCAUCCACCUGCCCCCUCAGGAUUGGAAUGAAAGUAUGAGUUUACUAGCAGCCAAUAGUUACUCAUAUGAUGUAGAUAAAGUGAGCUAAAGAUAAUGUUUUCAUGAUUGGUCUUUCAUAUUGGGUUUAGACCAGGAUUGGGGCGGGGCUGCCAG